GCCCCCAGGCGCCCUCUGUAGAUGGGGAACUGAGUGUCCCGGCCUGCAGGGGCCCCGAGUGAUGCCCGGGUCGGAAAAGCUGUCGAGCAGCCGCGGGUGCGCCAGCCCCGCGCACACGUGAGUUUAGUGAGUCAGGUGCACGAGAGCGCGCGCGCAUCUUGUCGGAGCGGCCCGCUGUGCUCUUCCCCGCCUCCCGGAGCGCGCGGAUCGCGGGCGCCGCGAGUUAAACUGUAGUCGGAGAGGGCCCGGUCGCCGCCGCCAGCUUUCCCAGUUCCGCUGCUGACCGUCCUGGCUCUCGGGGGAGCUGCCCACUGAAAAGCGAAUCAUCACAUACCCCUCUGUGGAUAUAAGAGGACUUAGGCUGGAAGCAUGAGGUGCGUCCUACAAGGCUGGAAGCUAGGGCGCCUGGGCCCAUGGGGUGCCUUGGGGCCACACGGGCCCCGGGGCAUCCAUACUCUGGCCAGUGCUGGCUCCUGCAGUGGAGGUGAGUACAGCCACGUGGUGGUGGGUGCAGGCUCCGCCGGCUGCGUGCUGGCUAACCGACUCACAGAGGAUCCGGAUGAGCGCGUGCUGCUGCUGGAGGCCGGGCCCAAGGACUUGUAUGCAGGGAGCAAGCGGCUCCUAUGGAAGAUCCACAUGCCCGCAGCCCUCGUGGACAACCUGUGCGAUGACAGGUACAACUGGUGCUACCACACAGAGCCGCAGCCGGGCCUAGACAGCCGAGUGCUGUACUGGCCGCGGGGCCGGGUCUGGGGCGGCUCAUCAUCGCUCAACGCCAUGGUUUAUGUCCGCGGGCACGCAGAGGACUACGAGCGCUGGCAGCGGGAGGGUGCGGCCGGCUGGGACUAUGCACACUGCCUGCCUUACUUCCGCAAGGCACAGACACAUGAGUUGGGCGCUGGCAGGUACCGCGGUGGUGACGGGCCCCUGCAUGUGUCCCGGGGCAAGAGCGGCCACCCAUUGCACCACGCAUUCUUGGAGGCGGCGCAGCAGGCUGGUUACCCCUUCACUGAAGACAUGAAUGGCUUCCAGCAGGAGGGCUUCGGCUGGAUGGACAUGACCAUCCACAAAGGCAAGCGCUGGAGCACGGCUUGUGCAUACCUGCACCCAGCACUGAGUCGCCCCAACCUCACAGCUGAGGCCCAGACGCUUGUGAGUAGGGUGCUAUUUGAAGGCACCCGUGCAGUAGGUGUGGAGUAUAUCAAGAAUGGCCAGAGCCACAGGGCUUAUGCCAGCAAGGAGGUGAUUCUGAGUGGAGGUGUCAUCAACUCUCCACAGCUGCUCAUGUUGUCUGGUGUGGGCAACGCAGAUGACCUCAAGAAACUGGGCAUCCCAGUGGUAUGCCACCUUCCUGGAGUUGGCCAAAAUCUGCAAGACCACCUGGAGGUAUACAUCCAGCAGGCGUGCACCCACCCCAUCACCCUCCACUCAGCACAGAAGCCCUUGAGGAAGGUUCAGAUUGGCCUGGAGUGGCUUUGGAGGUUCACAGGGUAUGGAGCCACGGCCCAUCUGGAAACAGGUGGGUUCAUCCGGAGCCAGCCUGGGGUCCCCCACCCGGACAUCCAGUUCCACUUCCUGCCAUCCCAGGUGAUCGACCAUGGGCGGGUCCCCACGCAGCAGGAGGCUUACCAGGUGCAUGUCGGGCCCAUGCGGGGCACGAGCGUGGGCUGGCUCAAACUGAGAAGUGCCAACCCCCAUGACCACCCUGUGAUUCAACCCAACUACUUGUCAACAGAAACUGACAUUGAUGACUUCCGUCAUUGUGUGAGGCUGACCAGAGAAAUUUUUGCCCAGAAAGCCCUGGCACCAUUCCGAGGGAAGGAGCUCCAGCCAGGAAGCCAUGUCCAAUCAGAUAAGGAGAUAGAUGCCUUUGUGCGCGCGAAAGCAGACAGUGCCUACCACCCGUCGUGCACCUGCAAAAUGGGCCAGCCCUCUGAUCCCAUGGCCGUGGUGGACCCACAGACCAGGGUGCUCGGGGUGGAAAACCUCAGGGUGGUUGAUGCGUCCAUCAUGCCCAGUGUAGUCAGCGGCAACCUGAACGCCCCCACCAUCAUGAUUGCAGAGAAGGCCGCCGACAUCAUCAGGGGCCGGCCAGCACUCUGGGAUGAGGAUGUCCCUGUCUACAAGCCGAGGACUCUGGCUACCCAGCGUUGAGGGCGCCCCCACCAGAGAAGGCCCAGCACAGCCUUUGCUCCCACUGCUCCUUCCUGACCCGCUCUAGAAUGUUAUGAUCCAGUGGCUGAGAAUCAGAUACUUUAGGAAAUGAUACCAGUAACUGGUCAGUGAAUGGGUUCCUUCUUCCCCGCAUGUCCCUGUUGGCCUCUGAGGGAGGCCCUCCUGCCUGCCUUCUCACGGGACAGCAGAAGUGAGGGGAUGCUGAUGGAGAAUGGUCAACUCCAGUCACAUCCUUGUCCUGUAUUCCGUGGUGCUCUCAACCCAGGGUCUUGUUGCCUUCCUGGGGCCUGGUAGGACUUGAACAAAGUGCUUCUCCCCCAGCAUCACUCUGUAGGCCAGCCCCUCUAAGAGCAGAGUGCCUGCACAGAGGCUGGGGCGUCCUCUCCCCUCAGGCUGAAAGUCCCUGCAGUUAGCGUGGAGUGUGGCUGGGAUGCGGGACAAGCCUCCAGCAUCCCUAGUCAGAGGGAAAGCACCUGCUGGGAGAGGCAUAUCCUUCUCCUUUCUUUUCAUGACCUCACUCCCGGAGCGUGGCAGGAACAGUGUUCGGGUGGGUCCCUCUGAGGGCCAUGCAGCCCACCCACCUCUGAUGCUCUGAUUCUUUUUUUUCUUUUUUUUUUGCUUUUUAGGGUUGCACCCAUGGUAUAUGGAGGUUCCCAGACCAGGGGCAACCAUUUGGAGCUACAGCUGCUGGCCUACACCAUAGCCAUAGCUACGCCAGAUCCAUAACACACUGACUGAGGCCAGGGAUCAAACCUGCAACCUCAUGGUUCCCAGUUGGAUUUGUGUCCACUGCACCACAAGGGGAACUCCUCUGAUGCUCUGAUUCUUAUCAACACCAUUAGCCUGAUGAGAGGAAGGCUGGGCCUCAUUCCAGGAGAUAAGGGUCUUUAUGGCCUCAUGACUACCUGGCUGGGGGCCAGGGGGGUGUCUCUCAUGAUUUUGCAUUUUUAAAAGAUUUCUCCCUUUGCCAGGGAAACCUGGUAAACCCAGAGCAAACCUGCAUAACCAGCCCCACUCUGUGUGAAGCCUGCAGAGACAGAGGGCUCACCUUCGGCCACGGCUGCUAAUUCUCAUUCUCUGAAGGUCCAUGGCAACAGACCAGGCUGCAGUCAGACUGACAAGAAGAGCAGUCAAAUAAAAUUGUGAUCCUAAUCCUGUAAAAAACACAGUUGAGUGAAAGAAAAAUACAUUAGCAAAGAUUAAAGUUUGUGGGAUAAAAACAGACACAAAAUAGCAUUUAAAACAGCUCUGUCAUCUUUAAACUUCUCAAAAUUCAAUAAUGCACUCUUGUAACUUCUUUUUGAACUAGGAUGUCUUGUCCAGACAGUCAUUACAAGGUAAUGAAAACCAGAAUGCAUUUUGGAUUGAUUUUUCUAACCAGCUGUAUCCAAAACUGUCUAUGGCAGGAAAAAGAAUUGCUACAUAGAAACCUGUCGCGCUGUCCUGCUGGGCCCAGAAUCAGGAGGGGCAGAAAAUGUAACAUUUCAGGCUUCACCCAGGAUCAGGGUGGAUUGAGGUGACAAUACCGGCAAUUUAUGAUUCUGAGAAAGGUUUUCAGAAAAGUGGAAAGAAGAAAGCCAUCUCACCUUCCCUUCUUUAAAAAUCUUUACGACUCUUAUUUAAUCUUACCUGUAAGCCUGUUUUGUUUUCCAUGCCAAGGGAGAGUCAAGAAAGAAGAUUCUAAAUCUGCUACAAGAUCUCUUGCUCCUAGAGAGAUUCCUCACCUGCCCACAGGCCUCUUCUUGGCCUCGUUGCUGCCUACGGGGGCGAAGGAACAGCGGGAGUGCAGGAGGCACAGCCCCACCACUCCGAGGGCCGCGAAGUGACGUUAGGCGUCGGCGGGGUGGGGGUCCCAGGCUUGAUUGUGACCGCGCUGACCUCCUCUGGUGUGGGUAUGGCAGGUGAUGUGGCCAUUCAGGUCUGCCACCUCCGCGUUCUCUGGUGACUUCGGCCUCAGAGAUGGUGGCUGAUGUUCUUGUGUGAUUGUGGAUGCGCGAAAUGACAUGCAGGAGGGGGAGCCUGCAUGGUUGAUGGCAUCCAGGCCCCUCUCCCCUUCUUGCUACUAGGCCUUGUUCCCUACCGUUUCACAAUACUGCCACACACAGAAAUACACUUCAAAGGAGAAGGUGAGUGUCACAUACCCAGGACCCAAAAGGAAAACUGCUGUUAGGGUUCAUACACAGGACAGAAUAUUCCAACCUGAGGUGGUUCCUAACUUGAGCCCUGACAGGUGAGUGCUGUGGGCAUCUGGGCAGGCUGGCUAAAGGUUCCAUGGCCACAGGGGAACCUCCAACCUCAGAAAGUGAGAAGCGUUGGCUGAGGAAGCCAUAGAGGGGAGAAGGUGCCAACCGGAAUGGGGAGGAUGAGCCACCGUCGGGUGACCCACGGGGCACAGAGACUAGCCAGCACUUAGCCCCUCAAGAAACUGGGAAGACUCGGUCAAGCAAAAAGGCUGCAGUACCUCAAAAAUGGGAGAGUGUACAUAUCCCCAAAAUGGUUGAAAAAGCCUGACUGAGAGCUCCUCUGAGGAAGACUGACCCCUUUGAAGAAGCCAGUGUUUAAGCUGCUGCAUCAGCAGAAGGUUCUUCCUGGUAGAGUAUGAGCCAGAACACAUGGUAUCAGAGCAACAGGUGACCAGUAAAGGGCAGGUCCUGCAAGUGAGACUCUGGUGCCUUUUGGUACAGCCCUUCUGCAUCCCAUGCAGGCUGCAGGAAUCAUUUCCAUAAAUUCAAAUAGCAUCUUCUCUCCAGCCAAACUUGUUCCUCCACCCAAAGGUCAUUUCCUGUUUCCACUGAAAAACUUAACAUCAGAUCUAAUACCAAGGUGCUUUUCUCUUCAAAAAUGAGGAAAAGCGUACACUCUUCUCCACUGGGCUUGUCUUGAGACCCAGGCAACUCUCCCACCACACCUCCUGCCACCGUCCCCACAGGGCGCCCUCAAGACCACCCUUGUUCCCCUGGUGGCAGCAAGGGCCCCAGCCCUGCUUCUGUCACCUGCCCUCCUAGGUCCCUAGUAGGGAAGGAAUGUCAUUUGAGAGAAAUAAAAACUUUUUCAACCAAUGAA